GUCAUCCAUACAAAUUUCCCGACCAAAGAUAUAGAAAGCCUGUCUUACAUAACACUAAAAUAUAUUUCUAUAAAAAUUGACAUGUGAGCUUGAACGAAUUCUUUGUUAGUGCUUUACCACUUAACAUUACCACAACUCCAAGAAACAAAAAGGAAAAGUCAACGAAUCCCUGUGGAUCAUGGAUCAAAUUCAUCACAACUUCGUCACCAUCAAGGAAGUAAAGCUUCACAUCGCUGAAAUUGGAACUGGCUCAACCGUCGUCGUUUUCCUUCAUGGGUUCCCUGAGAUAUGGUACUCAUGGCGUCACCAGAUGGUGGCGGCAGCGGCGGCCGGCUAUCGUGCAAUUUGCCCUGAUUUAAGAGGCUACGGGUUUUCGGAUCCACACCCACACCCUCAGAACGCAUCAUUCGAAGACUUUGUUGAAGACAUUGUUGGAAUCCUGGAUUUUCUCCAUAUUCCUAAGGCUUUCUUGGUCGGAAAGGAUUUUGGGUCUUGGGUUGUUUACUUGUUUUCUCUCUUUUAUCCGGCGAGGGUGGCCGGAGUCGUGUCUCUUGGUGUCCCCUUCUUGCCUCCUAAUCCGAUGCGGUACCGGGAUCUUCCCGAGGGUUUCUACAUUUUCCGGUGGAAGGAAAGUGGGAGAGCUGAAGCAGAUUUUGGGAGAUUCAAUGUGAAGACUGUGCUGAGUAGAAUAUACACUCUCUUCUCCAGAAGUGAAAUUCCCAUUGCUGAGAAAGAUAAAGAGAUUAUGGAUAUGGUGGAUGAAUCAACCCCUCGACCGCCAUGGCUGACCGAUGAAGAUCUCACCGUCUAUACAACUUUAUAUGAACAUUCAGGGUUUGAAUCUGCAUUGCAAGUUCCUUACAGGAGAAAACAUAAAGAGUUGGGCAUAAGCAAUCCAAGGGUUGAAGUUCCAGUUUUGUUGAUCAUUGGUGGAAAAGACUAUUUUCUGAAAUUUCCAGGGGUGGAAGACUAUAUAAAAUCUGAGAAACUGAGGGAGUUUAUGGCCGAUUUGGAGGUUGCAGAUUUGGCUGAUGGAACUCAUUUCAUGCAGGAGCAAUUCCCUGCCCAAGUCAAUCACCUUCUCAUCAACUUUCUUACGAAACAUAACAUUUGAUUAACACAACAUAAUAAUGAUUUAAGUUUUCCCUUUUUUUUUCUCUUUCUCCGAACAUCGAACCUCAAGAGAAUGUUUAAGAGUAUUUUUAAAA